AUGAGCUCGACAGACGUCCGCGACGUGCUCAACCUGCCAGAUGGCCUGUCUGAUUCCCGACCAGCAAAGAAGCAAAAACUCUCGGCUGCGCGGCCCAACCUCAAGGGCCUGGCGCGCGAAGUGCACAAUCUCGGCGGCGACAACCCCAUCGCCAUCGUUCCCGAAACCACGCAGUUCAAGAAGAGACGGCUCGCAAACCGCAAGCCUGCCGCGCCAUGGGAGCUACGAGACUUUCGCAACUCGGCUCGCGACGACGCGAGCCUAAUUUUGCGGCACUGGCGGCGCAAGGACACGAAGCAGGACCCCGUCGUCGCCAUGACGACGACAACAGAUGAGCAGCAGGCCACUACUACAGCCGCGCCUGCGAACGAGGUGGAGGACUCGGCAUUCGCCAAAUACAACGUGCGCGUAUCUGUUCCGGAAUACAGCGACGAUCAAUACCUACAAAAUCUACAAAACGAGGACUGGACCCGUGAGGAAACCGACUACUUGUUGGAGCUGGCCCGCGAUUUUGACCUGCGGUGGCCGCUCAUAUGGGAUCGAUACGAAUGGACCCCGCCAGCAACAAAUGGCGAGGCGAAUGCAGACGGUGAUGAGAGCAAAGCGGUAGUGCCGACGGCGCGGGCCCGCGCGCUUGAGGACCUCAAGGCGCGCUACUACGAAGUGGCAGCCAAGAUGAUGGCUGUCAACAAGCCGGUGCAAUACAUGACGCAACCCGAGUAUGCCCUGCACGAGCUCAUGACGCACUACAACCCUCAACAAGAAAAGGCCCGCAAAGAGUUCGCCAUCAAUUCGCUGUCACGCUCGCGUGAGGAGGCGCGCGAGGAGGAGUCUCUCCUAAUGGAGAUUAAACGCAUCCUGGCGCGAAGCGAAAAGUUCAAUGAAGAGCGCAGGGAGCUGUACAACAGGCUCGACUACCCCCACGCCGAGACCGAGACCGACAUUAGCACAUUCAAGUCGUCUGCUGGCCUGCAGACGCUGCUACAGAACCUUAUGAGCGUGGACAAGUCCAAGAAGCGCAAGUCAAUCAUGGGCGCAGACGGUGUCACCCCGGCGCAGGGGACUCCCCAGGCCGCUACCCAAGAAUCGACUGGCAAGAAAGAAACUCCCGCUACUGCGGCUGCUGCCGCCGCCGCCGCCACAGCCAACAACCGCGAGUCCUCGGGUCCCGUCUCAACACCGACGACGGCGGGCAAGAAGACGCCGCAGCAGCCGCACGAGCGCCGGAAGCUGUCAGACCACGACGAGGCCAUUUAUGGCGUCUCGCACCACGACCGGCUGGGCUCCGGGCCCACGUUCCGCACGGAAAAGAUCAACAAGCUCUUCUCUCACAAGUCAAACCAGCAGCAGAUGCGCAUUACCAACACGCUCAACGAGCUCGAUGUGCCUAGCAAGCUGGCCAUGCCCACGACGGCGACGACGCGGCAGUUUGAGACGCUGUUGGCGGCCGUCAAUGGGCUUCUCGACGCCCGCAAGGUUUCGGACAAGCUCGACGCCGAGAUCAAAAUUGAAGAGGCGAAGAAGGCGGAGCGUGAAAGAGCCCUGGCCGGACCCGACGACGCAACGGCCGCCGAGGGGGGCGCGGCUGAGAAGGCAACGCAAGGCGGCGAUGAUGGGUCGGCGAAAGAGAAAAAUGCUGCGCCGGACAAUGCCAACGGCGGCGACGACGCUUCAACGAUGAAGGAGCAGGAGACGGGCGCCGAAGCGGGGGCGGUCAAGGGAGAGGAUAAGCCGGAGGAGGGGACCACGGAAAACAAGGACAAGGCGUCGGAGCUGGGCAGCAGCGCAGAACUUGCAUCACAUAAACGGAGCGCCAGCGUGCUCAGCACGGCGAGCGAUAAAAGCGCGAAAAGACUAAAGAAGUAA